CCCUCAAUCCAGAGCAGCACCAACGUCAGCUUAUCGAGCCCCUGGUUGUAAAUAGUGCGCCCCGUAGACUUUCCUUUCGCCGUGUGCACUUGUGUCGGCAAUCAUGCCUCUCGCAAAAGAUUUACUCAAUCCUUCACUUGAAGAAGAGCGUAGGAAGUGUAAGCUGAAGAGGUUGGUUCAGCAUCCAAAGUCAUUUUUCAUGGAUGUCAAAUGCCCUGGCUGUUACAAGAUCACAACAGUUUUCAGCCAUGCCCAGACUGUCGUGCUAUGUGUAGGGUGUUCUACUGUGCUUUGCCAGCCAACAGGAGGAAGGGCCAGGCUAACGGAAGGUUGCUCAUUCCGAAAAAAGCAGCACUAAGUGGGUUAACGUGCAUCUAAAAAAGAGGGCUCCUGUACAGACCAGCAUGAAGUGCUUGUUCGAUCUGUUUCCAAUAAAUGCAGAGUUUUGUACAGGGGUGUACAAACUUGUGUUUUGUA